AUGCCAUCCCGCACGUUUGUGUCGACUGUGCUUCUUGGUGCGGAUGGGUACGAGAGCAAGCAGAUGGCCGAAUUAAAGUCGCUGCUGCGCCAUCGCGGACUCCCAGCCACCGGCCGCAAAGCCGACCUUGUGCAGCGCCUUAAGCAAAACGAUAUGGCUCGUGCCGGAUCGACCUUGACGCAAGCGCCGGAGAAGGGAAAGAAAGGCAAGGGGACGCGGCAAUCGAAGGAGCUGCGCAGGGGCAAAGAUGCCGCCGACCACGCUGCCGCUGAGACGCCACCUGCGCCACUCGAGCCUGGAUCGGUGAGCAGUCCGACCAAGGACCGUGAUGGUAACCUCGGGCAGUCAUCGCCGUCGCCCAGCGAGCCUGCGCCGAGCAACGCGCCGGGCAUGCCUGAGCACAAGGCGGAGCCCGUGCCAGAGACGUUCAACAUCAUAGUCCCGUACGAGAAGGAUCCCCCGGCGCCUGCUCAGUACAUUCCAUCUAUCGCUGCGUACGCGAACCCGUUCCAGGACUUUAGCGACUCAUACAAGCAGGACUGGCACAUGGCCCAAACGCCGAGGGUGCACGCGCUCGGAGAUUAUCACAUUGCCGUCAACGACAACAGCGGGCACCUUGCCCCUUUACCGUCGCAGCGGUCCAACGUCGUUAUGGAUCUCGCCUCCGAUUUCCUCCCAAUCCCGCUCUUCCGCCGCACACGCAAUACGGUCGAGCAGAUGCAGGAUUCCAUGCGCGGCGCGGCCGCGAGUAUCGGCGACGAGCUGAAGCGUGCGCUGCCCUUGGAAGCGCGCGCGAUCAAUGCGUCCAAUGCACGCCCUUCGGCACGCCGGCCGUUGAACGAGGGUGAGCGAACAGGCCUCGCUGUGGUGGGUGCCAUUGUCGCCACCGGCCUGUUCCUCAGCUACGUAGUCGAGUCGAGCGACAUGCGACGCGAACACAAGUCGGAUGCGUAUACACCCUCGAGCUAUUCUACAGGUGCUGGGAUCGUCGGGGCGGGAUGGCGCAAAGUCUAG